UGAGGAUCCUUGAAAAGCAUCCCAGGUACUGUUCUUUAUCCCUUGUUUCAUCUCAAACACCUCACUCAGUGUUGCUGAACACUUUUUCCAAGGGACUGAGUGCAGCGCACCCAGUCGGUAUCAUUAUUACCAGCCCCCUUGGCACUUCAUACAUACAUACCAGCUCACCUCACUUUCCCCCUUCGGCAGACUCUCAUUCCAUCCCUCGAACGUUCGGACCAUGUUCUUUUCUUCACCGUCGCUCGAUCUUCAGAGCUCAUCCUCACUCUUAUCCCUCCCUGAAGAUUGAGUUCAUCAAGUAGCACAACUGAUCUACCACAAAACAAAAUCCAAAGAAAACAAAAAUGACCGAAACCCCAACCAUCCUGCGUGUGGGAAUCCUCACCGCAGACGAAGGUGCCAAAGCCAUCGAAGCCAUCUAUCUCCCAGCCCUACGUGCCCUUCCCACCUCGUUCCAGGUCCAAGCCAUCCACGAUGGCUCCAAGCAGCCCCUGUCAUACGAGAACGAGGUAGACGGCAGCAUCUGCAAGACGAACGGCAGCGUGUGCAACGACCAUGACCACCAGCACGGCGCCACCAUCCCAGUAGUCCCCACCCCGGACCACAUCCUAGCCAACCCGACCAUCGACCUAAUCCUCAACUUCAUGCCAAACGAGUAUCACGAGACCUACACCGUCGCGGCCCUGAACUCCGGCAAACACGUCAUGGUCGAAACCCCGUUGAGCCUGAGCAUCCCCAGCGCCAAACGCAUCAUCGAAGCCGAGAAACACGCCCCCAACGGCGCCAAAGUCUUCGUCGCCUGCGCCCGUCGCUACGCCCCCAGCAUUUCCUCCGUCUUCAGAAAGGAAGUCGCUAGUCUCGACCGCAUCUACUACGCGCGGUGUCGCAACAUCGCAGGCCCCAGCUCCGCACACACGGCCACCGCGCCGCGCAAGCAAGUCUGGAACGAGGUGAACGGACACGGCCAACCAUUCCCCAUUUCACCCCCUUCGUCGCCAUCAAACGACUCCAUCGCCGGAAAAACCCGCCCACAGCUGCUCCAGGGUCUCCUCGAAGAAGCCUUCCUCGGCCAGGACCUAAGCAAGGAGCGCGUCGCCCUGUGCGAGUUCCUCGCUUCCCUGGGAUGUCACGACCUAGGCCUCAUGCGCGAUACCCUUGGCUAUCCAGAUGCAGUGUCCAGCAUCUCCGUCAACGAACCCUACUACGCUGCCGUCUUCCACUACUACAGUGGCGGCAAGGGCGAACAUCCAUUCACGCUCAUGUACGAGACCGGCACGGAUGCCGUGCCUCGCUGCGACGCGCAUCUCACCGUCUACGGCGAUACGAAGACCGUGAGCGUGCAGUACGGGCUGCCAUAUGGUCGACGGCAUGGGGUGAAGGUGGUCGUCGAGACCAUUGAUGAGAACGGGGACAUGAAAAGAACGGAGACCGUGAGUGCGUGGGAAGAGAGCUAUCGCGAGGAGUUGAAGGCCCUGCAUGCGUAUUUAACUGCGGAUAAGGCCGUGAAGACGACGGCGAGAGAUGCGAUCCAGGAUUUGAGACUGUUUCAGACCAUCUUUGAGCAGUAUGAUCGACAGUGUGGGACUAUUCGGACACCGUUGGGUUGAUUUAGUUUUCAGUUUUCUGAGUUGGGGGAAGGAGAGGGUGGAAAGAUUGCUAAUGCAUUUGCUAGGCUGGGAUGGGAUGAAUGGGGGGGCGUUGAUCAAGCCGGGAUCUCUUUUUUACUAAUUAACUCGAGCAUCAUGCUUGCUCUUCUAUUAAUGGCAAGGAGUCUAGUGGGAUGAAAUUGGGUCAAGGGACGGGUAAUAUGUGUAUCAUGCAUAUCGUUGAU